AUGUGCAUCCCUAUAAUCUUUGGCUGCCCCGACAAAAUCAAGCCCGAGUCGGGAGACGACUCCGUCCGCGUUUGCCCGAACUGCCACAAUGCGGCCGUGCAUGCGGCCAAAUCGACGACCUGGUUCGAGCUGUUUUGGAUCCCCCUCAUCCCGUUCUCGAGCGACCACAUCUGGCUCUGCGCGACGUGUAACUGGCGCGGAGCCCAUGCCGCGGGCCAACCCGAGCCGCCUAUUGCUGGCUCCCAGCCGGCGGGCAACACACAGUACCAGCCGACAUACAUCAAUCCGCCAGGCGCUGCUGUUCCCCCAAGCACCUACCAGCCUCAAUAUGCCUUGUUGCUCUCGGGGACCACUCCAGCUUCACCCAGAACACUUCGUCUUGAUCCAAUAGGCCAAGACAUGCAGGCUGUGGGAUCUCAACCCCUUCGCGUAGGAUUCUUGCCAAGCUUUCCUACACGCCUCAGCAUCACCGAACUUCUGCUUCGUUGUCCCUUCUACUUCAUCUCCCUCAAACCUAUCCUGUUACUUAUUUUAUCGCUACUUAUAUAUUCUGAUACCGUCAUGUAA